CAAUCCCUGCAUGACCCGGAGCGCCUGCCCACCCCCCUGGCUGGACGAGGCGGGAUGUCCGGCUGUGGGGGGGGGCUGUCUCCUGUCACCACCCCACUGCCCCCCCAGCAGAGUCAGGAAUAGCAACGACCGCCUCCGGCCGCCCGCGGCCUCCCUCCCUCCCUCCCGGCAGCGAUCGAUGCGGCCUCCGGCGCGGGGGACCGAGGGAGCCGGGGAGGGAGAGGGCAGCGGGGCCUCCGGCUGCAGGAGGAGGCCGGGGGCAGAGCCGAGCCGGGGUGCGUCCAGCGCUCCCAGCCCGCGUCUCCGCGGACCCACGCGCCGGCCGGCGGGCGGGCGGGACAGGCCCCGCGCGUCACAGCCAUGGUGAGCGAGUCCCCGGGGCCCGGCGCCGGCGUCCCCUGGCGGCGGAGCGACGAGGCGCUGCAGGUGAACGUGGGCGGCGUGCGGCGGCGGCUGAGCGCGCGCGCCCUGGCGCGCUUCCCGGGCACGCGGCUGGGCCGGCUGCAGGCGGCGGCGUCGGAGGAGCAGGCGCGGCGGCUGUGCGACGACUACGACGCGGCGGCGCGCGAGUUCUACUUCGACCGGCACCCGGGCUUCUUCCUGGGGCUGCUGCACUUCUACCGCACCGGGCACCUGCACGUGCUCGACGAGCUGUGCGUCUUCGCCUUCGGCCAGGAGGCCGACUACUGGGGCCUGGGCGAGAGCGCGCUGGCCACCUGCUGCCGCGCCCGCUACCUGGAGCGGCGCGUGGCGCGGCCGCGCGCCUGGGACGAGGAUAGCGACGCGCCGAGCAGCGUGGACCCGUGCCCGGAUGAGAUCUCCGACGUGCAGCGCGAGCUGGCCCGCUACGGCGCGGCGCGCUGCGGCCGCCUGCGCCGCCGCCUCUGGCUCACCAUGGAGAACCCGGGCUACUCGCUGCCCAGCAAGCUCUUCAGCUGCGUGUCCAUCGGCGUGGUGCUCGCCUCCAUCGCCGCCAUGUGCAUCCACAGCCUGCCCGAGUACCAGGCGCGCGAGGCGGCGGCCGCCGUGGCGGCGGUGGCCCCCGGCCCUGGCGUCGAGGAGGCGCGCGACGACCCAGUGCUGCGGCGCCUCGAGUACUUCUGCAUCGCCUGGUUCAGCUUCGAGGUGUCGUCGCGCCUGCUGCUGGCGCCCAGCACGCGCAACUUCUUCUGCCACCCGCUCAACCUCAUCGACAUCGUGUCGGUGCUGCCCUUCUAUCUGACGCUGCUGGCCGGCGCGGCGCUGGGCGGCUCGGGCGGCGCGGGCGGCGAGGACCUGGGCGACCUGGGCAAGGUGGUGCAGGUGUUCCGGCUCAUGCGCAUCUUCCGGGUGCUCAAGCUGGCGCGCCACUCCACCGGGCUGCGCUCGCUGGGCGCCACGCUCAAGCACAGCUACCGGGAGGUGGGCAUCCUGCUGCUCUACCUGGCCGUGGGCGUGUCGGUGUUCUCCGGGGUGGCCUACACGGCCGAGAAGGAGGAGGACGUGGGCUUCGACACCAUCCCGGCCUGCUGGUGGUGGGGCACCGUGAGCAUGACCACGGUGGGCUACGGGGACGUGGUGCCCGUGACGGUGGCCGGCAAGCUGGCCGCCUCGGGCUGCAUCCUGGGCGGCAUCCUGGUGGUGGCGCUGCCCAUCACCAUCAUCUUCAACAAGUUCUCCCACUUCUACCGGCGCCAGAAGGCGCUGGAGGCCGCAGUGCGCAACAGUGACCGGCAGGCGUUUGAGGACGUGCUGAGCCGGGAGGAUGGCGUGUCCCAGGCGUCCCUGGAGACAUCGGGGGAGAGCUCGCAGGAGGGCCGGGCCUCAGACCUCGAGGGCCCCGGGCGGCCUCCCGAUGCUCACAUGUAUUAGAACCAGGGCUCCCCGUCUCCCCGGACCCCGACGGCGGACUCUGAGCACAUGCUCCCUGGCCCCCUCGCCAGACGCCCCUCACCCCUGGGCCCGAGAAGACGCUCCCUGCAGAGACGUGGACGGGAUGGUGCCACCCCGAGAUUCACGAGUAUGGAGAGCAUCCCAGAGACUUGGAUCCCAGAACCUCCCGGAAGCAGCAGGAGGUGGGAGGGAGGGUCAGGGGGGAUGCUGGGACAAAUGUCAAGGCUCCUUCGAGUGUCCUGCCCAGCCACCUUAUCCCCCAAGGUCCUGAGCUGAAGGACCAGAAGCCAAGAGGCUCAGAGCUGCCUUAGUUUCCUGCCUCGCAGACCUGCCCAAAGGGCAGGGUCAAGGUUGGCUUCCAUCAUCCGGUUCCUUCUGGUUCCUUCCACCUGUCUCUCGGCUGCCUUACCAAGUCUGCCUGCUGUCUGCGGUGCUUCAUGGAUCCCCAGAGGCGAGCUGGAGGGUCACACAAACCCUCUGUUCCGUGCAGAAAUCACUCACUGUAGGAAGUCACUCACCGUGCAGUGAUUUCUGUAUGGUCAGCCCUGUUAGCGGCCGUGAAGCACAUAACCGAGAUAGAGCUGGGAAAAGGUCCCAACGAGAUCCCAGGGCUGGAGCUCAGGGCCUCGGCCGUGUUGCUGUAGCCCUGUAUGGGCACCUCGGGAGGGCUGGCUGAGCACUGGGGGUCGGGGCUGGCACGGCUCUGGGAUGAGGGCCGGAUGGGGCGGGGGCUAAGGAUUUCAGUUAGCUCAGGGGUGCCAUGCACAGAUGCCUCCCUCCACCCGCCCGCCUAGCUCCCCAAUCUGACCGUGUCAGUUCCCUCUGUCCACUGUGCCCCUCCCUAGCCCAGCCUGAGUUACCAUCCAGGAAACCCUGAGACGCUUGUCCUGGGCCCCUCUUGCCUCCUUGUCCGCCUGCUACAGCAGGAUGGAUGGGGAGAGGGUCCCGUGACAGUUGGCCCCUUGCCUGCCUGCGUCUCUCCCUGUCCCGCACUCUCCGCUUCCAAGAGCCCACCCUGGGUGGCCCCGCGCUUGGUGUGAGCUGGUCGGGACAGUGAAUGUUGAGCGGGUCCCCCAGCUUGUACAGCCCACUGAGGCGGGGGCUGAGGGAAGAGGGACUCUCGGAGACUCGCCAGCCGGGGAAGGGUGCAGGCAGCCUGCGGAAGGAGCUUUCCCGCCCGGCCCCGCCCCCUUCUUCCUGGCUUUUGGCUGCUUUUACAAUGAUUGCCUUGUGAAUUCUGACUCAGCCCAGCUGGGCUGGGAGUGUCGUGAGCUGGGGCCUCCCAGGCGGCCUGGAGACACGUUUUGUAUCACCGAACAGUAUUUUUAGUGCAUAUUUUAAAAUUCUAAUGUCUGAAAUUCCCUCGGAGCAUUCCCGCCCACUCCGAACCCCGCACAGGCACCCUGUGUUAGCUCGUAAAGUCUGUGGCCUCCAGUUUAUGGAUUGCUUUACUGCCGCCAGGAAAUGAAAGGGCAAAUCAAAUACAGAGCCCCGUAAAACCCGGAGCCUAGGUGGAGCAAGAAGGAUUUUAUUUUAUUUAGUUUGGGGGCCACACCCGGAGUUGCUCAAGGCUUACUCCUGGCUCUGUGCUCAGGGAUCAUUCCUGGCGGAGCUCAGGGAUCGAACUUGGGUCAGCCAAUGGGAUGCCAGGGAUCAAAGUUGGGUCGGCCGCAUGCAAAGCAAGUGCCCUGCCGGUGUACUAUAGCUCCAACCCCAAAGAGCGAUUCUAAUCCAGUGACCAAAGACCUGUGCAUUCGUGAUUUCUCGGCACAGGGGCUGGGUCUCAUGUCCCAAGGCCACUAACCAGCAAGGGCAGAGAAAAGACUUCGAGAAUACCUCACCGGUUAGGCCCUGGGAGCUCCAGGGGACGAUCGCCCAGCAGAGGAGACUGUGUGCAGACCCAGAUGAUCGGCAGGGUUUGGGAUGUCGUCAGCCCCAGACUUGGAUGGAUUCUCCAGACGGGAGCAGAAACGGAGGCAAACUGAGGGGCCCCCCCAUAAACUGACCAAGCACACGCCCGCCCUCCCGCAUGCUCACCUCUUCACGGGGCCCGGAGACCCAGAGGGCUGCAGGUACCAUUUGAUGGUGGUGCGGAAGUUAUCGAGGACCCCGUCCACUCCCGCACUUGCUGACCCUGCACUCAAGUCCCUAAAGCUGGUGUGGGAGAGAGUCCAUGGUGAGGCUGCUGGUCACCCCUGGGGUCCUGAUUCACUCCUCGUUGUAUCGGCGAAAACUCUCAUGCAAUAAAGAAGCCCCAGGGACCUGCGUGUGUCCGUCCGA